AUGGCAAACUGGGACCCUGCGUUUCCUGACGAGCAUGUCUCGUGGUAUAACGAAUAUAUCCAACGUCAGGGACCGCCUGCUAUCAACUGGCUUGAGACGCCACGCUUGAAACAAGGCACUAUGGAGCAUUUCAUCGAGGUCAGAGGUAUGUCCCUAUUCAGCCCUAACAAUGGCGAUGAUGGCAUCGGCAGUUUGAUGGCUGUCUCACCACUCGACGACGGGUCUGUAUGUCUUUGGGACGUUAAUGGCACGAGGGGCAAGCGAGGGGGCAUUAUCGCGACCAGUAAACCGGACAUCCUAUUCUUCGACGGCCGUGGUGAUCAGAACACGAGGCGGUCCAAAAAGAUCGACACAGGUGUCACUGAAUGCGUCAGUGUUAAUAACAGCAACAACAGGGCUGUCUUUGCUGUGCAGAGUCAUCUCAUCGAAGUCGAUCUCAGCCGCCUUGAAGUUGUAAACCGGCACUCUUUCGAGUGGUCAAUCACGACCCUGUCACAGAUCCAGGAUGGUAUCCCAAUGACUGUCGGCACCUCAUUGGGUAUCCAUCUUCAAGACUUCAGGGCGCCAUCACAAUUCCAUGGAGAUGUCGUGGAGAGGCUAGAUAUCCCGGGGGAGGAGGACAAUCCUUUCAAGGGGAUAUUUGAUCCGAAUCCAUUGCCGCCGUACGCCUCACUGUCUCAGCCAACGCCAACGAGUAUUCUACACCUACCAAGACCAGCCGGCGACAGUGCAGUGUCGGACGACAUUUACGUGGCGGGGAGGUUCUCCAAUAUUCUUCAUUACGAUAGGCGCCACUUCCCAAAGAUCAUGGGGUCCAUUUACUCGGGCUCAAGGCUGUCCAGUCUGGCGGCGCUGCCUUAUCCAUUCUCCACGCUGGACCAUGAAGUACGACGUCGUGGAGAACUCACAGCUGAGAGGGUCCAUGAGUGCAAGACAGCCGGUAGCGGGAGAACUCUAAUCGCAGGCGGAGAGUACAAGACCAAAGGCUCGCUCGAGGUAUAUGGUCUGGACGCUGUCGACCUAUCAAGUGACGGGCCCAUGCAGCAGAACUCAACUAUGAAGAAUCGUUAUACUGCAGCUUCAUCCAUCAUCCUGUCGGUGAUCAACCACGGAACAAAGGUUGCAUUCUCAGAUGGGGCCGGGCAGAUUAAGUGGUUUGAGAGGGACGGAUAUACGGAGUGCCGUCGGAUCAAGGUCGGUCACAGUGACGUGCCCACUCAAGCAUCACUCUUCGCUUCCAUGCCAGGGUCCGACGAUCUCGCAAGGAAGAUCUUAUCCACCAAGACAAGGCAAGAUCGUGACCGGCCAAACGAAGACAAUGUCAUCUUCUGGACGGGAGAUAAGCUUGGUAUGGUUAGUUUCACAGGAGAUACCUUGUUCACGCCCGACGAUUUCCAGGAAAAGAACAAGGAGGUCGCGGUAGAAGAGCAUCAGCGCCAGCAGUAUUCUCAAAGGAUGCGGGAAGCACUGGAGAAGCAGGCUGAUGAUGCUAGGUUUGUUCAAGGACUUGGGUUAUAA